AAACAAAGUACUCACUUUUGUUUGUGUGUGUACCAGAUUUUUCCACCUUAUCAGUAGUGCGCUGCUUACAAUAGGAAAAUAAUUUGGAAUCAUAACAAUAGUGUUUACAGCACCAACAGCAAUCGGAGGACAUAGAAAGAGCAAUGGGCGAUGGUAGCGAUGGAGACGAGCGCGUGCUGGAACGACUGCCGCCAAUUGACACAGCCCUGGAUCGCUAUCCCUUUUGUAUUGUAUGGACACCAAUACCCGUGUUAACCUGGAUACUACCUUUCAUUGGACAUAUGGGUAUUUGCAUGAGCAAUGGCAUCAUACGUGACUUUGCCGGGCCGUAUUUAGUGACGGAGGAUAACAUGGCAUUUGGACGUCCCACGCGCUACAUGCGACUGCAUCCAAAAAAUGUAGAGGGUGGUGCCUAUGCGUGGGACGAGGCUGUAUCCAAGGCAUCCGUGUUGUAUGGCACACGCAUGCACAAUUUGUUUUGCGACAAUUGUCACUCGCAUGUGGCCACAGCGCUGUGCAACAUGCGCUACAAAGAAUGCAAUAGUUGGAACAUGAUUAUACUAUGUUUUUGGCUCUUCGUAUGUGGACGUUAUGUGGGCAUUUGCGGUUUUAUCAAGACCUGGCUUCCUUUUGCAGUGCUAUUGACGCUGAUAAUCUUGCUAGUGGUUUACUUUUGAAAGCCUACUAAUUAAUUAACUUUUAUCAAAAUAUGCUAACGCUUGAUUAACAUU